AUGCCAAAUCUGAUUCAUCUGACGCUUGAGUUCAUUAGGUUGGAUGAUGAAGAUCUCAACCAAUUGAAUGAGUGCUUCCCUUGCCUUCACACUCUUAAUCUUAUAGGAGUUGGAGGGCUCAAGGACCCUAAGAUUCACCUUCUUCAUCUAAAGGCUUGCCGCUGGGAGGUAUCAAAUGUCCCACGGUCUUUGGUUGUCCAUGCGCCAGACUUGGUUUUUCUGGAGUUGAAAUGUAUCCGACCAGAUACACUCAUUUUGGAUAGUCCAUCCUUGUCUACUCUGAAGCUGACCAUUGAUAAACUUGGUGCAACUGUCCGAGUUGACGGCCUUCUGCGUUUGACGAAUCUUCGCAUAGAAUCACUGGAUUUUAGUUCCCUUUUUCCAGUGUUCAUAGACAAUCGAGGUAUCAGGACAUUGGAGCUUGAGCUACCUGAGUCUGCAAGUCAAUAUGAACUUCUUGAAGCAGUGAACCCAGAUUAUCUUCUGAGAAUGCUUGCCAGCAUUAGUGAAGUCAAGCUGGCCCCGAGAUUUUCAUGUGAACUGAAACUAUGUCUCGCCCUAUGCAAAGGUAGUCAGUUUGGAAGUUGCCUGAAGAAGCUCCUAAUUCAUGUGCCGCAACCAGGGAGUUGUUCUCAUCUCUUGCCCUUGUUUGAGAUUUGUGCACCUUUGUGUGAGGUGACUGUCCUUUUCCACGCUGAAUCAGCUGAUGCUGUCCGUCAAGGUGCAAUCUCAGUUUGUAUGCAGAACUUCCCAGAUAUCAGAUGGCAGUGGGGUACCUGGCAGUAG